CUGAGCGCAGCAGCGCCGAGGAAGGGAAGCAUGGCGUGGCCGCUCCUCCUCGCGCUGCUCCACGCGCUGCCGGGGCUGCUGUGGGGCCACCCGCAGUGCCUGGACUUCAAGCCGCCCUUCAAGCCGCCGCGCCCGCUCCACUUCUGCGUGCAGUACUCGGACUUCGGCUGCUGCGACGCCGAGCGCGACGCCGCCCUGCUGGAGCGCUAUUACCGAGUGGCCGAGAACUUCGACCAGGCCGCCUACGCCGCCUGCGCCAGCCACCUGCAGAACCUCUUGUGCCAGGAAUGCUCCCCCUAUGCUGCUCACCUGUAUGAUGCUGAGGACCCUUCCACUCCAGAGAGAACUGUGCCAGGACUAUGCAAAGAUUACUGCGUACAAGUGUGGCAAACCUGCAGGGCCAUGUUCCGUUACCUUAGCCCAGAUGAAGAGUUACUGUCCCUGGAAGGCAACAUGGCAAAGUUCUGUCGUUAUUUGUCCCUCGAUGACACCGACUACUGCUUCCCCCACCUCCUGGUCAAUAGCAAUCUCAAUCAAAACCUUGGGGUAGUGGUUGCUGAUUCAGAAGGAUGUCUGCAGCUGUGCCUAGCUGAGGUCGCCAACGGGCUUAGGAAUCCAGUGGCCAUGGUGCAUGCAAACGACGGAACGCACAGGUUCUUCAUUGCUGAGCAAGUUGGCUUAGUCUGGACCUACCUCCCAGAUCGGUCACGGCUUGAAAAACCAUUUCUGAACAUCAGUGAAGCUGUACUGACCUCACCUUGGGAAGGAGAUGAGAGAGGUUUUCUAGGUAUAGUCUUCCAUCCUAAAUUCAAAUUUAAUGGUAAAGUGUAUGUCUACUAUUCAGUUGAAGUGCAGUAUGAAGAGAGAAUCCGAAUCAGUGAGUUCAGAAUUUCUCCUGAUGACAUGAACUCUGUGGACCAUGGUUCUGAAAGGUAUUGUAUACACCUUUAUCUGUCACAUUUAUUUAAGAUGGCUGGAGGGCAAACAUGCACAUCUAAGGAUUGCUUUGGCUGUGUACACAUUAGCGGCUUAAAACACAGCAAGUGCUAUCCCCACCCCAUCUCUGCGUGCUGUGUUUCAAGUCACAUGUACAUAUUGCUGUACAUGCUAGGGAGGGAGCAGGGAUGUAUUCACUCAAUGUACAGUACAGUGGUACCUCGGUUUAAGAACAGUCCGGUUUAA